AUGGCAGACCAGUCGCAAUAUCCACAGUCAUUUCAAGGCGUGAGACCGCAAGGUUCAGGACAAAAUGCCGGUUAUUUUCCCAGCGGAGGUCCUCAGUUUGGUCCUCCAGGCCAAGGUAUGCCCCCAGUGAGCAAGCAGUUUAGUGGCCAGCCAGGUGGUUUCAUGCCACCCCCUCUGCCAGGCGGUUCGCAGCCACCCCCUCAGCCAGGCUCCACAUUUAAUGGACAGGGAGGAGGAGGACCACCCCCAGGUCAGUUUGGCCAGAACAGGUUCCCAGGCCCAGGGGGGCCACCACCACCUAGAUUUAACCCUCAGCAACAAGGUGGACUGUCAUCAAAUGCUGGUCAGCUCCCUCAGGGCCCAGGGGGUCCACCCCCUAGAUUUGGUCCACCCCAAGGUCAAGGAGGUCCCCCGCCUAGGUUUGGGCCACCAUCAGGACAGCCACAAAGAUUUCCACCUACAAGCAGUGUGGGCCCUCAAGGCCAGCUUGGCCCAAUGUCACAGGGCCAGAUGAAGGGGCCACCACCCCAAGGAGGAAUAAAUACCACAGCUGGACAAAGUGGAUCCCCUUUUGGAGCCCCAUCUAAUAUGAAUGGACCUCCUAUGGGAGUAAGACCACCCACGUCACAAGUUGGCCAAGGAUUUUAUGGGCAGCAGAUGCCACCAACUUCACAAAACACAGGAGUGCCCCCUCCUGGGCCUCCCUCAAAUUUGGCAGGGUUUGGCCCACCCCCAACACACCCUGUGUCCCAAGGUAUAGGGGCACCACCUGUGUCCAGACCUCCUGUUAGUAACUAUGGCUCCAUGGGUCCUCCAACCCUGGGGCCUCCGACUUCCCAGUCCAUGGAGGGACAGCCUUCUCCCAGAGGACCCACACAGUUGUCUAAUUUAUCAGGGAAACCACCCCAGGGAUUUGGACCCCCUCCUCCUACUUCCCAGGGUUAUGGUCCUCCCUCUAACUUACCGAAUACUGGACCACCACCACCAAGACUGGGGGCACCACCCACAUCUCUGGCAGGACCGCCACCGCCAAGACUCGGCGCACCACCGACAUCCCUGUCAGGAGCGCCACCUAUGUCACUGUCAACAUCCCAGUUGGCGGCAGGUCCAGCUGAUGGGUUGGCUCCUCCACCCCCAAGAUACCUGCAAGGUCGUACUACACCUAAUGAGCUGCCUAAGCCGUUUCAUGGUCAGGCGACUUAUUCACACACAAUUGCUUAUCAUCCGAACAGUGCUACACCAACCCCUCUGGGCUCAGAACCACCAUCUGAGAAAUCUUCACGGGAUUCUUCUCCUGUUCCUAACCAACAAUAUGAUGUGUUAGAAGGACAGUUUGUGAACACUCCAGGUGUUCCCCCAUCAGCCACGCCCCCUCCCCAGGAGAUGAAGGCAGGGAUCACAGGCAGGAGACAGUACCCUCAGAUGGUAAGGCAAAGGCGUGGGGGAGGGGAGGAAUUAUAG